UUGACAUUUUGGUAUUUUCCCGAUCUAAAGUUUUUGGUUGAAGUUGCUGGAAGGGGAAGUUUUUGUUGAUUUUCGUGAUUGAUGUAAAGUUUUGAUAAACAGAUUCAUAAUAGUUGCUUUUUUUGAUAAGCUAGUGCUAUUUGGGUUUAGGGAUCUAAAUUGAUCAUAGUUUUGCAUAAGUAUUUAUUAUGUACAUAAUAUAUGUAUAAUAGUGUCCAGUUAUUUAUUCCCCAAUCUCUUCUCCCUUGAACUCUACGCAACCUAGCAGGCUCACCGGCUGAGGCGGGAAACAAUUGUUUUUUGUCUAAUCUAAAAUAAUGCCGAUGAAAAAAAGCAAACGUGAACGAAAUAGCGAACGCAAACGUGAACGUAAACUCGUCCCUAAAGAUGUGACUAUUAGCGACAGUGCAGAUGCACCCAAAGUUGUAUCCAAAUUAAAGAAAUUCACAGGAGUAGGCCCUGAAAUAAUAAAGUCUGAGAUGACAUGGGACCAAAUGAAUUCUGAUAGCACUGACCACGAGAUUGUGGAGGAAUUUAAUCCAGAUGGUACCAAAAGCUUUGUUUACAAAAAAAAGCGUAAUCGUUCCAAAUCAGAGGCAAGCAUUGAUGAUAGACCUGGACUCGUUUACCCCGAAAUAGUGUGGUAUCACUUAUCACCGUAUAUAAAGCCUGAAGAUGUUGGCCAUUUUGCUGGCAUCAACAGGUCUACGUAUGCGAUCACUAAAACUGAGAAGUUUUGGAAAGGCUUGUACAAACAAUAUUGUGAGAAUCGUCCACGGUUGCCAGAGAAGUUACGAAUCGAGAAUAGUUAUACGGUUUAUGGACUACGUCAGAGAGUGAUUCGGGCAUUAUUUCAUACAUAUAAUUUAUUUUUUAAAAGAGUCAUGCAUGAGGCAACACAAGACAGUAAACCUCAUGACCUGGUAAAGCGGAGAUGUGUAAACGUGUGGUUCUCUGAGGGUCCUACGUAUUGGUACGUGUAUUUUAAAUUCAAGAAAUCAUUUGUGACUAAAACUGCAGGGAGGUGGGAGGUGGACUUUUUGGAGGAGCUCGGGAAGGUGGAUGCCAACCCAGAGGAAGACUGCCAAGUUUUACAGGUGACUUGUCAGAGCUUCUACGAUGUGCCGCCAUUGAUGGGAAUGACUUUGUCAUCUGUCAGCGUGGUCCUCUCGCAAGGCUUCCAGCACCACAGGGUCCAUUUGGGAUUCAACUCCGGUACCCACAAUGUUUCCAAGAACAUAUUACCGGAAUGUACCGUAGUGUUGGACACAGUUACAAAGAUUUCCGUAUAUAAUUGGUGGCAUCCGAGGUAUCCACAUUUUGAUAAUACUCUCCCUUCCAAUGUGAGGGAUGAGGAAUCGUUGCCAGUUUUGAAGAAAGAUUUCUUUAAUAUAACAGAUGGAGAUUAUUUGUAAAGUAUUUUUGGUAAGGACCUGUUUAAACAAAAUUUCCCAUAAAAUGGGGAAUAUAUUUUUGAAUUUUGGGGGUUGCAAACAGUAAAACAAGCGAUAGAAGUUAGUUUGUGUCGUUGUAUGAUAAAAGACUUGUUUCUUUUGUAUCAGUCAUAUAGAUAAGAUAUAAUCCAUCAUGGUAUUUUAAACUAACAGUGUAUUCUUUUAGUUCCCUUGACAAAUUCCACUUUUUAGGGAGCAUGAUGCUGUUGCUUAAUUGGUAUAAUAUAAUUAUUAUAUCAUUUGAGAUUAUAUAAUUUUAUUUGUAGGAGUUUUUGGUAUAACAAUUAUGAAACAAAUUUUUUGCUCUGUAUAUCAACACGUUAAUUGCGUAAAUGUGCAUAUUUUAGUGAAGUAUAUCUUACUAAUACUAUAAAUGCGAAAGUUUGUGAGUGUUUGUUACUAUUUCACGCAAAAACUACUGAACCGAUUACGAUGAAAUUUGGUAUGUAGGUCGCUGAAGACCCAGAGUAACGCAUAGUUUUUAUCAACUUUUUAUCCCGGAGUUCCCGCGGGAUUGAUUGUUACGUUAUGAUAGGAUAAUGAACAAUUCCAUUGGUUGAAAACAGUUUUUUCACUUUGACACACGAUUAUAUGUAUGUAUGUAUAAUAUGUAUGUAUGUAGAUCUUCAUCAAAUGUGGUUAACACUUAUUGUUACCACUGUUUCUUUUCGGUUUUUGUUUAGGUAUUUGUGUACCUAAUAUUGUUUAUUUUUUAUUAUAAGUUUAAAUACAUAUGAUCACAUCUAUAUCCAUAGCGGGGUAGACAGAGCCACCAGUCUUGAAAAGACUGAUAGGCCACGCUCAGCUGUUUGGCUUAGUGUAUAAUUGAGAUUCAAAUAGUGACAGGUUGCUAGCCCAUCGCCUAAAGUCCUAAUAAUCCCUUAGUCGCCUUUUACGACAUCCGUGGAGAAUACGAAAGAGAUGUGUGUAGUAAUUUUAAGUAGCGCUACUUAAACCUAUAAGGGUUGUUUGUUUAUUAAGGAACCUUAAAAGCCCCUGCCCAGUUGCUAAUUAAGUAUAAAUGCGAGAAAACAUGCCAACCUAAUUUUCUCUCUUUUAAAAAAAAAUACUGCAUGAAUUACUAAAACAUUUUUUGCAGCAGCAGAUAUUUUUCUUUUUUUCGUUUAUAAAUUAGAACGGCCACUUAUUUUAUAUACAUUUCUUUACGAUAGUUUGACAACGAUAUUGACAUCAUCAGGUAUCAAAUCCGGAACUUUGUGAGUCGGCAGCAAGCAUGUUGCCACUGCACCACAGAGGCAGACCUUGAGUUAAAGUUCAUUUAUUUGAGUUUCUAGAUAUAAGUUGAGUUCGUUAUAAUAUGUUCGUUGAAAGACAAAGCUACUUGUUAUUUUUUUACUUUUUUGUGUUUCAUUCUAUAAUGUUAUGUUUUGUUGACAGGCACCUUAUUUAUUUUCGUUUAAAUUGAUAAUAAGUAUAAGGUUUUUCUCACACUGGAGCAGUUAUAUAGACGUGACCAUAUGUAUGUAUGUAUGUUAGGGUGUCCCUUAUAAGACAAAAAAAAAUUUUUUUUGGAAUUUUGAAAUGCAUACCCUCUAUAUUUUUUACUAAUGCUAUAAGAUACUUAAAUAUAAAAUUUUAUCAAUCUAGCAUAACUACAACCAGUGCUGACCGAGCUUCAAAGUUUAGUAAAAAACGUGUUUCCUUCUAAAAUUUCGGUCUGCUGUAAAAUCACUAUAAAUGCAAUGGAUGAAGUGAAUGAAAAUAAAAAAUAAAUUAAUAGAACAUGAAUCUUUAAUUAAAAACAUAAAUUAAUAACAAUCACUCAGGGUAACUUCAUUUUAGAGUAGUUUUUUUACAGUCCGGAUACAAUUUUCUAUGUUCCUGGACACAGCACAGUAAGAACUGUUAUUGUUCUUCUUCAACCGUGAUAAGUCCGUUAUAAUCUUGCAAUUAUUUAACAGCCCUUUCAGCAGUAUCAUUUACAACUCUCAAAUAACUUUUUUUAGCUUCCAGAAAAGCAGAAUUGUUAUUCCAAGAAGAUGCAACUUUCUUUAGAAAACUGUUGUCGAUCUGCAGUCGCGAUAAAAAUUGUGUGCUCUUUUCCGAUACGAAAUCAUCCAGUGUUUUGUCUGCAAAAAGUAGAAAUAAAUAAAAUAAAAAAUUCAACAACAAUUUAAAAAAAAUAACAAAAUGUUUAUUUAAAUUACAAAAUAACUUUUGAGUCAGUUUUUCCUUCGACGGGUCAUAGCGUUUGCUAAAAUCUGAGUUUUUGUCCUUGUUGAAGUUGGCAAUAAUUUUCUUCUUAGUUUGGUUAUAAACUUCAUCAUCACAUAGUAAAGAAUGACUGUCUCUUCACAUAAAUACUACAAGUGAUGGCUGGACUUGCUUAAAGCUUAAGAUGUUGUUGCGUCAACGUUUUCGUACUCUUUUAACAUGUGCUUUGGGCGCCACUGUAAGUACAUUUGAACAUCCGGCAAGCUGAGUAUAGAAUUCAAGAUCUGUUCUUCGUCUGAAUCUUCUAGACUUUCUAAGGAAUUUAUGGUGGAAGUAGAUGCAACAACUAGUGAUUCUCUUUGUCUUACAAUUCUUGCCUCUUCUUCCAACCGUCGUUGUCUAGAUCUUCCUUUUUUUUCCGCCAAUUUUUUAAUCUACACCACCUAAGCAUCCCGGGCGACCUGGAACUCUCUGUUUCAUUAAAAAAUAUUUAUGUCCCUCUAUUUUCAUUCUCUCAAAAGCAUCAGCAUAUCAAACAAAUUAUCAAGCUUAAUUUCGAAUUGCUCUCACGGCUCUGAAACGUUACCUGAGUUUUCUUACAAUUUUUUUGCAACUUUCUCCAAACAUGAUACUGAUGAUGAUGUUUCUUCACGCAGUUCGGAAAUACCCUUGUUAGAAUUCUUGCAUUUUCCCACUAUAUGAUGCACUCUUUAAUCACAAAAUUUGCAAUUUCACUAACAGUCAAUUUAACCUAACGAAUAUUGUAAAAUAGGACUGUGAGAACUCUUGUCGAUUAAAUGGUAAUUUUGCACCAUUUAUUUGGUAGCUAGCAAUCCGAUAAGAAAAAUAUUUUGUUUAUCACCCGUUAUUCCACCGACAUGUUAAGCCCUAAAAAUGGAGCACUAAUAGUUUUAAAAAAUUACUUAGGAAAUGGCAAAUAAAACUGGUAGUUACAAGUCACAGCGCAGUACGUUGCGCAACUUGUAUAGAAAAGUUUAAAUAGCAAGUCGGCACGGGUUAUCGUUUAUAAAUUGAACUAAUAUUUUUUUCUAGACAAUAUAGGGUUAUUACGAAACUUUUAAGAAGGUAUGCGUAAAAAAAUAUCGAACUUGAAAUUUAAGGGACACCCUAAUGUAUGUAUUACUAAAACAUUUUUUGCAGCAACAGAUUUUUCCUUUUUGUGUUUACAAAUUAGAACCGCCACUUAUUUUAUAUACAUUUUUUAUGAUCAAACUAUCAUCGUGUUCAUUGAAAGACAAAGCUACUUGUGAUAAUAAAUUGAUUAUAUUUUUUAUCAUUUUUGUGUUUAAUUCUAUAAUGUUAUGUUUUGUUGACAGGCACCUUAUUUAUUUUCGUUUAAAUCGAUAAUAUAAGGUUUUUCUCACACUGUAGCAGUUAAGUUUACAGCAAUGUUUGUUCAAAUAAAUAAAAAAUGUGGCGUAGGCGUUGUAAGAAGACACUAUAAGAAAAUACAAUAUAUACAUACAUAUGGUCACGUCUAUAUCCCUUGCGGGGUAGACAGAGCCAACAGUCUUGAUACCCCGCAUAGGAUAAAGACGUGAUUAUAUGUAUGUAAUAAGUUCCUUGUCUUCCAGUUUAUCUUGAGACUUGCGUCACAGUGUUAGGGUAAGUACAGUUAGGCGUAACAUAUCAGUCAAUCCUGCGCAGUAUCUGUUUUAUACCCACACGAGAAAACAUUUAUUAUUUAUGUAUACAUAACAAAUAUAGACUGACCUCUACCAAGAUAUAAUGACCCCCGAAUGAUGUCACCGUAACGAGAUAAGUUUAGACGGCUAGUGGAUCUCGACGGAUAAACAUUAAAGUUUGGAGUCGU